AUGGACGCCAUUGUAGACAGCUUUGAUGAAAAGAUUGAACCUACAUCAGAUAUUCGUGGAACUGAGGAAAAUGAAGAUACUGGGGUUAAUAUGGGGGACAUUGGCGAUAAUGAUAAUUGUGAUCACGUUAGUGUUAAUGGUGAUAUUAGUGAUCAUGGCGGUGUUAAUGGUUAUAUUUGUGAUCACAGCAGUGUUAAUGGGGAUAUUUGUGCUCACGGCAGUGUUAAUGGUGAUAUUUGUGAUCAUGGCGGUGUAAAUGGGGAUAUUUGUGAUCACAGCGGUGUUAAUGGUGAUAUUGGCAGUGAUCAUGGUGGCUGUAUCGGUGAUACUGGUGGUAAAAUUGGCAGUGAUAAUGGUGGUAAUAAUGGGAAUACUGGUGAUGAUUUUGGAGGCAUUAGUAAUGGUGGUAUGGGCAUUAACAGUGGUGAUACUGAUACUAACAUUGUGGUUAUUGCGGAUGGAAUAGAGAAGGAUUAUAUAAAUAACGGUGAUAAUUAUGGGAAUAUGGAAUAUUAG